UCUUUCCUUCGAAAUUGUGAAAUGGAAAUAAGGAUUCAGUUUGAGAGCCCGACGUUUUUGUUUUAUUUCAAUUUUCAAUUUUCUGCAUUUUUUAAUUAAAUUUAACGGUUGAAUGGCAAAAACCGGACGAGCGGCUCGAGUGAUUAACCGCCUCGACCACUCGUCAACCGCUACAUAAAAUUGGAGCGACUUUUAGACUGUUUCGAGCCGAUUUUGUGACCGGGUGGCGGUUUUACCGGUCGGGCCGAGCGGCUCGGCUCGGCUCGCUUUUGAUAACACUACUUGAAGACUGAAGAUGGAGACUAACUAGCUAACGGCGCGCGCCAUAUAUAUAUAUAUAUAUACAUAAAGUCAUAAACAGAUUCAGAGCCAUGCACAUGCAUGCAUGCAACAGUCGUCGGGAUCAAUAUAAUGGCCAUCAAAGAUGUGGUUUCGCCGCCGCCGUCGGGUUUGGUCUUUGGUUUCUUCUUGGCCGUGAUGAUUCUGAUAUUCAAGCCACUUCAGUGUCUAUCAUAUGGCAGUCCCCCGGCUAUGUUCGCCCUUGGGGGCGGCCUAACUGAUGUCGGCACCAACAGCAACUUGAAUUCCUCCGCACGGGGAAAUCGACCCUUCAACGGGAUCGAUUGCGACCCUCCUCUGCCUACCGGCAGGUUGAGCAAUUGCUGGAUCGUGGCCGACUUUGUGGCAAAGGCGCUGGGUUUCGAUGAAAGCCCGCCGUCGUUCCUCUCCGUGGUGAACUCGUCCGAGAGGUUCGACCGGGCUAUAACGAGGCAGGGCGUCAGCUUCGGCUCCGCACGGUCCGGAAUUUUCAACUCGACGGGGCAGAGCGCUGAACCCGCCGAAGCGUAUGUGACGGUGGGACAGCAGGUCGAUCAGUUCGGGGCCGUCGUCAGGACAAGGUUGGUGGCUUUACUGGGCCGACGAGCUGCCGACAAUUUCCUGGCCCAAUCCUUCUUUCUGUUGGCCACCGGAAGUGGUGACAUACUCGAGCAACGGUUGAAUGCCCCUCCAGGCUCCGACCUCCGCUUCCUGCGAUUAUUCACAGCCCAAUACGUUGAUUAUAUUCGGACUCUGUAUGCACUUGGAGGUCGAGUGUUCGGGAUUGUGGCGCCACCGCCUCACGGAUGCACUCCAUCUUUCGGCAAUUCGAAUAGUAGCGCCAGCGAAUGCGACGCCAGAGCCAAUUCGCUGUCGCUCGGCGUCUACAACAGCCUUGCUUCGGCGCUGCGAGUGAUACGCAUUACCUAUCCCGAUUUUCAGUAUUCCAUCUGCAAUUCCGUCGACUUGUAUCUUGAUAUCAUUGCCAAUGCUCCCAGUUUUCCUGCAUGUGGUUUGACGGAGGUGAGAGCGGCAUGCUGUGGAAACGGAACGACGACGUGUGCGCCAACUUCGACUCUGUGCGGGAAUCGCGACGAGUAUUUGUUUUGGAACCAGUACUUACCCACGAGUGAGGGCUCCAGGCUGCAUGCUGCCGCCUGUUUUGGCCGAAACCCUAGAUACUGGACUCCGAUCAGCUUCGCUGCCCUCGUCAAAGGCUAAAAUCCUCGGCGGCGACGACUCCGGCCCUCGUCAACCUCUUUCUGUCCUUAAAACUAAAGCUAAUUACAAACCAUCUCUCACCGUAUUCAACGAAUAUAUAAUACAUGUCUUUAGCCUAGCUUGCUCUCCUUCUCAGUCCUCAUCUUUUCAUCAGAUAUUAAAGUGAAAUUAUUAGGUAUAUUUUAGAUAUUUGUAUCGUGGAAAUCAUGGUUGGACUAUGGUUGACGGUGUUUGGAUGAAAAUACUAAUAUAAACGCAUGUCUGAUCAUUUUUCUAAAGUACAAGGAUAUGUUUGAUGUAAAAAGAUAGUAAUAAGAGACACGAUUGAUGAAAAUUCACACUAGACUAAUAGAGAGGCAUAUUAUUAAGUUUAUAUAUAUUCACCAUUUUCAUAAUGUUUUCCAAACUUUUACAAUGGAGAGACUAGGGCGGUUAAGGAGUCGAGUCGAGUUUUGUCUUGUUUAGAUUUGACUUGUUAAUAAAUGAGUCGAGAUUGAGCUUGGCCAAUUUACAAACUUUAAUCUCAUGAAUUGACUUCAUUUAAGAGGCGUGUGAGGACGUGAUUAAUUAUUGGACAUAAGUGUCUUAUAAAAAUUCGAAAUAUUACGACAAGUUGGUUUAUGAGACCUUACUCAUGAUUUCAAAUACCAUUUCUAUUAUCUUCCAUAUGCAAUUCAAGAGCAAAUAGCUGCAUCAGCAAUGGGAACGGCCUCAUGAUGGUGGGACACUUCUGGAAUAAAAAUUCACAAAAUGAAGACGAUAUGAGAUUUAUGGAUAAGAUGACACACUCUAUAACAAUUAUACUCUACUUUUUAAGCAUCUUCAUAACAACAAUACCAACAAAGCAAUCUAUCACAAUAGAACUAUAAGAUAAAACAAAAAAAUUUAGAAUUUGAAGGAAAUAUGAAAGUCUCUAUAGAGAGUCAAAUCUAAGAAAUUAAUUAAUAUUAAGAACUUUUUCCAAAUCUACGAUAGAACAAUCAACUAAGAAACUUCUCAUAUAUAAAAUCUACUCUUUGCUCUAAUUUUAAUUCUCGUACCAACAAACAUAUCUAUUAACAAUGAUUCUUCAAGUCGACCCGCUGCUGAAAGUGAGAGAGCUUGAUGAAAGCGGUAGAAAAAUUUCUUGAAAAUUAAUCGACCACUUAGUGAAAAACCAUUUCUUCAUGUUACCGUAACAAAUCCCUAAACGAUACAUCAUCUUUAUAUCUUUCAUUUACCAUCAAACCCUUGGAGAUUCAAUCAUAAAUUAAAUAGUAUUAAUUAGGGUUAUAGGUAUAAUAUGCCCUUCUAUUAUGACGUUUUAUAAAGAUGCCCCUCUACUAUUUUUUACAACAAAUAUGCCCCUGUACUUUGAAAAAAUUAUCAUACAUGCCCUUCGGUUGAAAUUUCCAUUGAAAAAAUCGCCAAUCGUGGUUGAACCGAGAUUUAGACGACCCAACAUCAGCAAAUGGGAGGAAAAAUGUCAGUUUUGUCCCCUGUUUUAUUUCCCUGGGUCUUUUCAAAGUGAAAUUAUUUGAAUGAUUUGAUUAUACAAAAGAACCAAAAAAAUUCCAAAGUGAAUUUAUUAGGGAUAUUUUAGUCAUUUGUGUCGCUCAAACUAAAUUUUGGAUUUGAUUAACGGCUUUUGGGUGAAAAUUUUAAUAAAAGGGCAUGUUUGAU